GCGGGGCCAGGCGGUGGCCUGGAAGCCCGGAGCCUCAGCGCUCGCCCCUGCUCUGGCUAAGUGUCUAGAGAGCUGAGUGGGUUGCCUCGGAUCGGCCAGGCCUGGAUAUCAGCGAACAGAUGCGGAUUUCCACCAGGGGGCGCUAGGACGCCACGACCUUUCACUAUGUGCACCAGGGGGCGCUGCCGCCCGCCUUGGCCAUCCCGGGCUGGGAAGUCCGACCCUUCGAUUAAGCCCCGCCUGAUUGGGAAAGGCUCUGAGAAACUAUUUGCAUGAUCUUGAAAGAGCCGUGCUGAAUGGUUGAGUUGGAGAUGUGCACCUAAAGGAGGCGCAUCUGGGGACGGACACAUCUGGCACUGAGGCCCUCGCCACCUGCCUCGCCACCUGGCGACCCUGACCCCACCACACUGCCUUGAGAGUCGCUCAAAAGUAGGGCCCCAGGGCUCGCAGCAGCAUGGGCACCGAGAAAGAAAGCCCAGAGCCCGACUGCCAGAAACAGUUCCAGGCUGCAGUGAGCGUCAUCCAGAACCUGCCCAAGAACGGUUCUUACCGCCCCUCCUAUGAAGAGAUGCUGCGAUUCUACAGUUACUACAAGCAGGCCACCAUGGGGCCCUGCCUGGUCCCCCGGCCCGGGUUCUGGGACCCCAUUGGACGAUAUAAGUGGGACGCCUGGAACAGUCUGGGCAAGCUGAGCAGGGAGGAGGCCAUGUCUGCCUACAUCACUGAAAUGAAACUGGUGGCACAGAAGGUGAUCGACACAGUGCCCCUGGGUGAGGUGGCAGAGGACAUGUUUGGUUACUUCGAGCCCCUGUACCAGGUGAUCCCUGACAUGCCGAGGCCCCCAGAGACCUUCCUGAGAAGGGUCACAGGUUGGAAAGAGCAGGUUGUGAAUGGAGAUGUUGGGGCUGUUUCAGAGCCUCCCUGCCUCCCCAAGGAACUGGCACCCCCAAGCCCAGCUUCCCUCUGGGCAGUAACUCUACCAACCCCUCCACAGAGUCCCAUUCACCCAGGGACCUGGACUCCGAGGUUUUCUGUGAUUCCCUGGAGCAGCUGGAGCCUGAGCUGCUCUCUGACUCAUCUCAGCAGGUUUGGACAGAGCAGCGGACAGCAUCUGGAGGAAAGCGUGAUCCCAGGAACAGCCCCGUGCCCCCCACAAAGAAAGAGGGGUUGCGGGGCAGCCCGCCGGGGCCCCAGGAGUUGGACGUGUGGCUGCUGGGGACAGUUCGAGCACUACAGGAGAGCAUGCAGGAGGUGCAGGCGAGGGUGCAGAGCCUGGAGAGCAUGCCCCCGCCCCCUGAGCAGAGGCCGCAGCCCAGGCCCAGUGCUCGGCCAUGGCCCCUUGGGCUCCCGGGGCCCGCGCUGCUCUUCUUCCUCCUGUGGCCCUUCGUCGUCCAGUGGCUCUUCCGAAUGUUUCGGACCCAAAAGAGGUGACUGUCAGUGGAGGAGUCUCUGCAGCCAACUGAGACCAUCUUGCUGUGCCCUGAGCCUUCCUAGGGUUUAGAAGAACAGCAUUCAAAAUUCCCCCUCCUGUCAGUGUUUGCCUUCGCACCUCCUCCCCUAAAGCAGCGCGGGGGGCAAAUAAGACCCCACCCCUCCCUGCAGCUUCACAGGGACGCUUCCUUCCCUCCCCCGCAACCACCCCAGGCUCCCCUGGGAGGCUGCAGUUGUGGUACACGACCCCGGUGCUGGGUUGGCCGUGACUCGGGGGCGGGGCUAUCGGGUCUCAGCCCCUGCCCUCCCCAGUCUCUGGGUCACCUGACUCUUCCCACCCCUGCUUCUCCCCGAGGAGGUUCAGCUCUUGAGCAAGUUGGGACUUGGGCGGGGGCCUGGAAGAAUGAUUGGCUGGGAGGCCGCGGGAGGGAGGCCAGGAGGCCCGGACCAGUUGGGAGGAGUGAGCAGGCCCCGGGGGAGGGGGAUGAGCGCAGUUUGCUCGCUUUCCUCCCCUGCCGGCCCCCUCCGCCCCCACACACACUCGGGAAGUCUUCAUUGAAGAUUCACUUACAAACGAAUGUUUCACUAAAUAAAAGAAAACCAUAA